AUUCUCAUAAUUAUUUUUGUUGUCUUCUCUCCAACUCUGCAAUUCACAUCCUCUUGCUACAGCUGAAGAAGUGAAUUUUCAGAGUGAUGGGGAAAAAGAUUGAUGCUCUGCUCGGCAGGACGUUCAAUCGCACGCUUAAGACUUACAAGUUCAAGCCUGUCGUGAGCCUGGCCAUCUCUAGGCUCUCUGUGCUCAAGAAUCAGCGGCAGGCUCGCAUGUCUGUGGCUCGAUCUGAUGUUGUUGAGCUACUCAAUCUCGGCCAUCAUGACCGCGCUCUCAAUCGGGUUGAGCAGGUGAUCAAGGAGCAGAAUAUGGUGGAUGUGUUUGUUAUAGUAGAAGGUUACUGCCAUUUGUUUGUAGAGAGGCUCGAUCUUGUAGAAAAAGAAAAAGGAUGUCCAGAAGAGUUGGAGGAGGCGGUAUCGAGCUUGAUAUAUGCUUCUACAAGAUGCGGAGAGUUUCCAGAGCUUCAAGAGAUGCGCGCAAUGUUCACAUCACGUUUUGGGAAGGAAUUUGUGGCUCGUGGUGCUGAAUUACGCAACAAUUGUAAAGUCAAUACUAAGAUGGUAGUGAAGCUGUCAACUCGACAGCCAAACCUGGAGAGUAGGAUGAAGGUCCUCAAAGCAAUUGCUUCGGAGAAUGGCAUUACUGUACAAAUCGAAGAGGAAUCCUCCAUUACAAUAGAGAAUUUUGAAGCCGGAUCAAACCUAAAAGAGAAUUCCUCAAAUUCACUUGAAGAAAAAGUUGAAAGUUUCUCUGAUUCUAUGAAAGGAAGAAAAAAGUACAAGGACGUAGCUGAUGCAGCACAAGCAGCAUUUGAAUCGGCAGCUUAUGCAGCAGCAGCUGCAAGAGCAGCUGUGGAACUCUCUCGCUCUGGGUCAUACGAUCCAGAUGAUCAAAAUAGUCCAAGUACAAGGUCGAAAAAGGCAUCCAAUAAACCUGAGCCUAGAUUUCCAAGUGGUCGAGGUUUAGACAGAGAGGAAUCUGAGAUCUCCAACACUUAUCAAUCUGUGUGCCAGGAUGAAGAAAUACAAAUCUCAAAUAAUGAUGAAGGGUCCAAAAAAUCAUCAUCUGGUUCAAGUCCAUAUGAUUCUGAUCAUAUUCCUGAAGGAACUGAAUUUUCCACCAACACAGAGGUCCAGACGAAAGCAUUUCACAGAGAAAUAGUCUUCGAUGGAAGUGAUGAUGAGGAUGGCACUGAAAAACAUACUAUUUCCUUAACAAGAAUCCAUGACUCGGAACCUAAUACUGUUAACGACAUAAAUACCUCAGAUGGAAGUGAUUCAGAGCCUACCAUACUUCACGAGCAAUACCCUGCACCAUCUCAAGCAUCUCCAGAGUGGAAUCCUGUCCCUGCAAACCCGAAAUUCAACUAUGCUGAAAAACCUGAAGCAAAACGCUCUUUGCAGCUGAACUUGGAUAAUAGGCCAAUUUCGAUGAGGACCAGGCGGGUUUAUAGGCAAUGACAAGUGGUUGAGUGUAUGAAGCUGUUCAAGUUUUGUGAGUUGUGGACAUUGUAUAUUAGCCUCAUAGCCUGAGUAUGUGCAUAUCGUGUAUUUUCAAUAAUCACAGUGUGAUUUUUUUUAUUUUUUUUUAGCAGUUGUCUGUAAGAUAUGCUAGUUUUAUGUAAAGACGAAAUUAUGUAUUGCUAAUUCGAUUGAAUUCGAAAUACCAUUCAAUUUGAGUCGUA